UUGACUUACAAGGGCAUGUAGCACUCGAAAGAGCUCGAUCUAAGAAGCGUAUCACCACGUGACUUUUACAAGACAUGAUAUUCAUAUUGAACUUCAACCAGGCGAGGUCGCCCGUAUGCUGAUUCCCUGGCAAUUACCCGGACGAUCGAUAGCAUAAUCCCGAAGCUCAGGCCGACCAGCAGGCCCACUGUGCUCGCUCAGCGCACGCUCCUCAGUCAUGUCGUUGCGUGGGCGUGAUUUCGUUAUCUUACACAUCAUCCGCAUAAUUCGUUCAUCCAUCUCGUCGGGUCCCAUAAAGACGGGCGGGGGAUGGGCUCAACUCCCAUCCCGCUCAUCCCAACCUAGCCUACAAUGUCUACCGCCUUCCUCGCCGCUGUCGCUGCUCGCCGCAGCCGCUACGUGCUCUCGCCCAAGUCCUCCAUCCCGGACGAAAAACUCGAGGGCAUCAUCAAGAGCGCCCUGCUGAACGCGCCCUCGUCCUUCAACUCGCAGUCCGCGCGCGCAGUCCUCGUUCUCGGAGAAAAGAACCAGAAGCUCUGGUCGCUGGUGCGCGAAUCGGCUGUCGCCGGUUUUGAUGGCGACCGCAAAGACGCAGCGGAGAAACGAAUCGACGGCUUCACGAACAGCUACGGGUCUGUCCUGUUCUGGGAGGACCAGGCCGUCGUCGACGGGCUGAUCGCCAAGAUACCUGCGUACGGAGCCAUUCACCCCACCCACGUUCGCUCUGCUGAUCUCGGAGCCUUUUUUCUUAUGAACAGAUACGCCACGCAGUUCCCGGUGUGGAGCCAGAACGGGGCGGGCAUCCUGCAGUACAUCGUGUGGACCGCUCUGGACGCGGAGGGACUCGGCGCCUCGCUGCAGCACAACGGAGCGAAUCCCGCCCUCGCGAGCGCCAUCAGAGCCGAGUUCGGUCUCCCGGAGACAUGGACGUCGAGUGCCAUCAUGCCGUUUGGUGUUCCUACUGCCGAUGCCGCCGCGAAGAGUUUCGCGCCGAUCGAGGACCGAUUCAAAGUCUUCAAGGAUUAAAGGGAGGACGACCAAUGACCUUGCAGAGUGCCAUCGUAGAUAUCGC